CUCUCCCACAACUGCAAUGUGUGCACAGUUCCUCAUGUUCGCUUGCACAAUCUCAAGACUCAGAAGGCUGCCUUAAGCCACCCAGAAAGGCUCAGAGGCGACAAAAACAGCUGCCUUGGAGGCUUCUCGACAGCUGCACCCUGACUUUAGUUGCACCAGCGCUUGGUGCAAUGCUCAGAGGUUGCAUUUUGGGGGUCACUAGCCACUGGAUCCCUCUGCGCUAGCCACUAGAAUCCCCGAUUCCCUUGCCAAAUAAGAUCCCUCUUGGUCGAUCCUGCUGGGCUGCAAACACAGCAGCUGUCAGGUAAGUGAUGUGGACCUGUUUGGCCUUUGAAGAUCCCAGGUUCAAAUUUUGACACUUCUAGUAAAGGAGACCUUGACCCAGAUCUUGGAAAGAGAGCUGCCAAGGUGGGGAUCUCAGGGCCUGAUCUCAGGGCCUGGUCCUGAUUGCUCCAGUUUUUAUGGACCAUCUCCAGGUGGUGCAAAUGCUCCACUUUUGGAAAGCUCCAAGAGGAAAGAGAUGGAUGCGAAUCUCCAACUCAUCUGGUAAAGCAGGCACUCCCAACGGUUUGCAAGGAUUCGUUUCACAAGACUACAGAUUUCCAGAAUUCCAGUGCAUUGGGCCAUGGCUGUUAAAGCGGUGUCAAACUGCAUCAAUUCUGCAGUGUAGAUGCACCCCCAGUCAUCGACACCUGAUGGAUUGUGCUGGAUUCUACUGGAAGAGGAUCUCUGCUCUUUGGUCAGCUCCUUGGGACCCCAAACAGCCAUCUGUCCCCAGCCCUGGCUAGACCUGUCCUCUCCUUGCCAUGGAGUUCGCAGAGUUGAUCAAGACCGCUAAAGUGGACAACGUGGUCCUUUCGUGUCCAGGGCUCCAGCCGGUCGUGGGGACCCUCUGCAUCACCAGCCACCACCUGCUUUUAUCAUCCCAGACAGAGGCGGCAAACGGGGAGCAAAACCAGAUUGAGCUGUGGCUUCUCAUCCGCAACGUGGAUGCCAUUGAGAAAAGUGUUCAGAAUUUAAGCUGGUAUCAUCCAAGUUCCCCCCGGACUAAUGGCUUCCCUCGAGAGACCAGGCUCACAAAUGCAUCAGGUACUAUCACUCUCAAAUGCAAAGACUUGAAGAUUUUGCAGCUGGAAAUCCCAGGGAUGGAGGAAUGCCUCAACAUUGCCAGUUCCAUCGAGGCCCUCGCCUCUCUGGAAUCGGUCAUGAUGAUGUACCCCUUCUUCUACAGACCCCAAAGCAUGAAGCUGGAAAAUGGAUGGCAGCCCCAUGCUCUUGAGAAGUACUACCAGCAAAUAGCUUCAGAUACAGGCACCUGGAGGCUCAGCUCCGUCAAUGAGGAUUUUGGGACGUGCUCCUCUUACCCGCCAGUCGUCAUGGUGCCCGCCUCGGUGGACGACACAACCCUUAAGAAGAGUGCCUACUUCCGCCACGGGAGACGGUUCCCUAUCCUGAGUUACUACCACAAAAAGAAUGGGACAGUGAUGCUCCGCAGCAGUCAGCCCUUGGUGGGACCCCACCGGAAGCGCUGCCGGGAAGACGAGCAACUGCUAGGCGCUGUGUUGGCGGAGGGAGACCGCGGCUUCGUCCUGGACACACGCUCCACCCAGGCAGCCAAACAGGCCCAGGUGAUGGGGGGCGGCAUGGAGCACCGGAGCUCCUAUCCCGGCUGGAAGAGGCUCCACCGAGCCCUGGAGAGAGGUCGACCCCUCCAGGAAAGCUUCAUCAAACUUGUCGAGACCUGCAAUGACCCAUCGCCAAACAUGGACCGCUGGCUGAGCAAGCUAGAAGCUUCCAAAUGGCUCUCCCAUGUCAAGGAGUCACUGAGCACUGCCUGCCUGGCAGCUCAAUGCAUGGAAAGAGAGAAGGCCUGCGUCCUGGUGCAUGGAGCCGAGGGGACUGAUACUACCUUGCUGGUGACAGCUCUCGCCCAGGUCAUCCUGGACCCCGACUGCAGGACGAUGGUGGGCUUCCAGGAGCUGCUGGAGCGGGAAUGGAUACAGGCUGGGCACCCAUUCUGCCUCCGCUGUGCCCACUCAGCUUAUUCUCAUGCCCGGCUGAAACAGGAAUCGCCUACCUUCCUCCUUUUCCUGGACUGCGUCUGGCAGUUGGAACGGCAGUUCCCUUUAUCGCUGGAAUUCAAUGAACAUUUCCUACUGACCCUGUUUGAACACAGCUACGCAUCGCCCUACGGGACCUUCUUGUGCAACAACGAGAAAGAAAGGAAGCUCUGUGAAGUGAAAGCCAAGACUCAUUCCCUCUGGCCCUGGCUCAACAGCGAAAGGCAAAAGUACCUGAACCCACUGUAUACUUGCAACCCUUUGGUCAUCUGGCCAUCCGUGGAGCCUCAAAGCAUCCUCCUCUGGCAAGGUUUAUUUCUACGUUGGGUGCGUUCAUCCCAUUACGUAGAUGAAGCAUGGACAGAAAUCCUAAAAGUAGCUGGAAACUGCAAAGCCCACACAACACAACUGGGUGGGACAACAUCAACACAGACUGAAGCACAAACCCUUUCAGAAGCAGAAAACGAAGCACAGACCAAAGAUCGCCUAUGAACCGAAGAGCUCAAAUUAGCCACAGUCCGGACUUCCUUAUAUACUUUGGCAACUACCAAAGGAGAGCAAAAGGCUUGUGCUUGGUGUUGUCCACAAACUGUGAACGAAGCUGCACUGUGUGUGAGACAGAAAGAAGGGGAGCAAAGGGAUAGACUCUUGUCUCUAAACUGUUACAAAUAAAAUGAGAGAUUUUAUGUAUUUUAAAACA